AUGCGAAGACUCAGAGCCCCCAAUGUGCUCCUCAGAAGCGCCAAUGGCAUCCUGCCAGCUUCUCAAAGCCAGAUCCAGGCACAGCUCGCAGCUCGCCUGAUGAUAGCCUCCGACCUAUCCCCGCAACACAGCACCGCCACUACCGCCGUCACCCCCGCGGCAAUCCGUCCCUUCUCCCACUCGACAACCCUCCAAAAGAAGAAGAAGAAUGCGUCCCAGCACCCGACUACCGACUCUCCCGCCGUCGUCUCCCGGACCUCCCACACGGCAGACGAAGCAGACCAAGACGACCUCCCCGGCUCCAAGCACCCAAAGCCUGACCCGACCGAUCCCCUCAACUUUGCCGACGUCGCCUCCCGCUUCGCCUCCCUUGCAACCCACCACAUCGAGAUCCUCAAGAAGCUGCAGUCGGGCGAUCGCUUCUCCCCAGACGCCAUCGGCGCCCUCACGAUCCAGCCCUCGCGCAAGGACCCCACAACCUACCCCCUCCGCGAGCUCGCCGAGAUCGUGCCCCGACCGGGGGGCCGCACCGUCAGCCUCCUCCUGCACGACAAGGACUACGUGAAACCCGUCAUGACCGCCGUCCAGGCUUCGCCCGAUUUCAACCAGCAGCCCCAGCGCGACCCGGACAACGAGCUCGAGCUCGUCCUCAAGGUUGAGGCCACCAACAAGGAGGUCGUUGUGCGCAGGGCAAAGGACGCCGCUCAGGCGUGGCGGGACAAGAUGCGCGUCGCCACGGAGAAGAGGAAGAAGCUGCAUGCCAAGUGGGAGAAGGACAAGAGCAUCGUGCCGGACCUCAAGAGAAGGGCGGACAAGGAGCUGCAAAAGGUGCAGGAUAAGGAAAUGAAGGUCGUUGAUGCUGCUGAGCAGCAGGCUGUCAAGAAGCUGCAGUCUUGA